UAAUCAUCUUCUUUUGAAUAAAUAUGCAGGUCAAAAUUCUUCUGGAAAAUCACACACAUAUAUAUACACUACCUGAACCAGACAACAACACCCACAGAUUUAAUAUCAGAGCACUGAAUAUAGUAAAUGGCAAACUUUGUUACCUUUUCCUUGGGGCUCUCUUCCCUGCUUCUACUCAUCUAUUAUCUGGCAAGAAUUUCAUAUUCCAUUUUGUUGAAACCCAAAUGGCUGCAGAGGCGUUUAAGACAGCAAAACAUCAAUGGCACAACCUACAAACUAUUGCUUGGUGACCUUAAGGAUGUUGGCAAACACAUGGCCGAUGCCUGGUCCAAACCACUGAGCCUCACCCAUGAUCUUGUGUCCCGUCGCGUCGAUCCUUUCACCAACCAUCUAGUGCAGAAAUACGGCAAGAUAUCUGUUUGUUGGUUUGGGACUUCACCCAGGCUGACCAUCAUGGAUCCAGAAAUGAUAAAAGAAAUACUUUUGAACAAGGCAGGCCACUUCCACUUGCCACCACUGAACCCUAUUAUCUUAAGCCUAGCAAGAGGGCUCACAAUUCAGCAGGGUGAAACAUGGGCUCACCACAGGAGGAUAAUGAACCCUGCAUUCCACAUGGAAAAACUCAAGGGAAUGAUACCGGCAUUUUCGGAAAGUUGUGCACUAUUGAUAGAGAAAUGGAAGACAUCAGUGACACCCCAAGGAGCUGGGGAGAUAGAUGUUUGGCCAGAAUUUCAAGACCUUACAGGGGACAUCAUAUCCAGGACAGCAUUUGGUAACAGCUAUGAAGAGGGGAACAGAAUCCUAGUACUUCAGAGAGAACUGCAACAACUAGUUAUGGAAGCCAUGAGAACCAUGUACAUUCCCGGCUUCAGAUUUCUUCCAACGAAGAAGAACCGGAGAAGAAACGAGUUGGACAAAAGGAUCACAUCAAUGCUGAGAACAUUGGUGGAGAGAAAGGAAGCCAUGAUUAGAGGUGGAGAAGCAAAGGAGGAUGACCUCCUCGGUCUGCUUCUGCAGUCGAAUGCUCGUCAAACCAACCCUCUGCAACACCAUGAAAGCAACACCAAGAAUUACGAGAUGAGCAUGGAGGAGAUCAUAGAGGAAUGCAAACAGUUCUACUUAGCCGGCCACGAGACAACCGCAACCUGGUUAACCUGGACAAUCAUUGUCCUGGCAAUGCACCAAGACUGGCAACAAAAAGCCAGGGAAGAAGUUCUGCAAGUCUGCGGGGAUAAAAUCCCCGACCUUGAAGCCAUUUCCCACCUCAAAACCGUAACCAUGAUACUUAAUGAAGUGCUAAGGCUAUAUCCAUCAGUGAUUGCACUUUACAAGCAUGCUUACAAGGAAACACAGAUAGGGGGUCUGUGUAUUCCAUCUGGAGUGGAUGUGACACUGCCCAUAAUGCUGAUGAACCGCGACCCGGACCUAUGGGGAGACGAUGCAGAAGAGUUCAAGCCAGAACGGUUCGCUGAAGGGGUUUCGAAGGCCUGCAAAGAUCACCCUUCUGCGUUCUUGCCAUUUGGAUGGGGGCCAAGGACCUGCAUUGGCCAAAAUUUUGCCAAUAUAGAAGCCAAAGUGGCUCUUGCCAUGAUUCUAAAGCAUUUCUGGUUUGAACUGUCCCCUAGCUACAUUCAUGCUCCUUAUACUGUCAUGACUUUGCAGCCACAGCAUGGAGCUCAGAUCAUAUUGCAUCAGCUUUGAGGGGCCGGGCCGGGGUGUGAGGGUCUCUGAGUUGAGGGAAUUUUCCUUUUCUGGGUGAAGGAAAAAUCUAUUUUGAUAAUAAUAAUGAUUGUUGGC